AUGACAAUAAACUUGUUGCCGUGCUUGCAAAGGGUGCUCAGUGACUUUAAGGGUACUCGUUUAACCACGAACGUCCGCCCUGUGCCGAGUCGCGAACUGAACGAACAUCCCCGCCCACAGCACAAAAUGCUGAUCAAAAUCACUUCUUUGCAUCCUAAUCAAAAUACUGCUAAGUUAGAGACGCAAUUCUCGCGCCUAGUGCGCAGUCCUGGUGGGUAUAUAAGCACUCUCGCUUCUUCGAACGAAGCAAUUCAUCAUUCGGAAACUCCACCAUGGGCUGCUACGAUCCUUGCAGUUGGACUGGAUGCAACUCCUACGCGGGCUACGGGUGCUACGGCGGAUACGCCUUUGACUGCUGUGGACCGUGCGGAGCUGGCGCCGGCUUCGGUUGUGGCUGCGGUUGUGGCUGCGGUUGUGGUGGCUGCUGUGGCCGUGGCGGUUGCGGUGGCUGCGGAUGCGGUAACGCCUGUCUGCCACGUCUGUGGAAUUGCGGCAGGUGGCCUUGAGGCGACCUUCGAUUCUCCAACUUAG